AUGGCUGAAAGUCGCCGCGAAAGGAGACCCUCCGUUGGAGCUCCCGUCUCCGAGCUUCAGGGUCCUGUUGGCCCCAGCUUCAGUCGACCCAAGCACAAGCGUACUUUCACCGGCUUCGGUCCUGCAGAGAUCAAGAUUGUCGAAGCUAGUAUCCCUGAGCACCUUAGAGAGGCGUGGAAAAAGCAUUCUGUGAAUGGCUUUACCAAUAAGGAAGAAUUCGAAAGCGAAUUGGUUCGCCACAUCGAAACUACAUUGGCGCGCUCACUCUACAACUGCGAUGAACUGGCCGCAUACUCCGGAACCGCUUUGGCUUUCAGGGACCGCUUGAUUAUCGAAUGGAACAAGACCCAGCAGCGACAGGCGACUGCGGACCAGAAACGUGUAUACUAUCUGUCUCUUGAGUUCUUGAUGGGCAGAGCCUUGGAUAAUGCCAUGUUGAAUGUCGGUUUGAAGGAUGCUGCAAGAGAUGGCUUGAAGGACCUCGGGUUCCGUAUUGAGGACGUUAUCAGCCAAGAGCAUGAUGCUGCACUGGGUAAUGGCGGUCUUGGACGCUUGGCAGCUUGUUUCCUUGACAGUAUGGCCACCCUCAACUACCCCGCGUGGGGCUACGGGUUGCGCUAUCGAUAUGGUAUCUUCAAACAGGAGAUUGUCGAUGGCUACCAGAUGGAGGUUCCUGACUACUGGCUUGACUUCAACCCGUGGGAGUUCCCUCGGCAUGAGAUCACUGUUGACAUCCAGUUCUAUGGUUGGGUUCGGAAAUAUCAGGAUGAAAACGGCAAGACCGUGAGCUCAUGGCAAGACGGUGAAGUGGUUCAGGCUGUUGCGUAUGAUGUUCCCGUUCCUGGGUAUGGCACUCGCACGACAAACAAUCUGCGGCUCUGGUCUGCCAAGGCUUCUAGCGGAGAGUUUAACUUUCAGAAGUUUAACGCAGGCGACUAUGAGAGUGCGGUGGCCGAGCAGCAACGGGCGGAGACCAUCUCAGCAGUGCUUUACCCGAAUGACAGCUUGGACCGCGGUAAGGAGCUCAGACUGAAGCAACAGUAUUUCUGGUGCGCUGCAUCCUUGUUCGACAUUGUCCGGCGAUUCAAGAAGACAAAGAGAGCCUGGAGCGAAUUUCCCGAGCAAGUCGCCAUCCAGCUCAAUGACACGCAUCCGACGCUGGCCAUCGUUGAGCUCCAGCGCAUCCUGAUCGAUCAAGAGGGUCUGGAAUGGGACGAGGCAUGGGGAAUCGUCACAAAGACAUUUGGGUACACAAACCAUACCGUCCUGCCGGAGGCUUUGGAAAAAUGGUCCGUACCACUGGUGCAAAGCCUCUUGCCACGACACAUGCAGAUCAUUUUCGAUAUCAAUCUGUAUUUCUUGCAGUUCGUGGAGAAGAAUUUCCCAGAGGAUCGAGAGAUGCUGUCGAGAGUGUCGAUCAUUGAGGAGUCGCACCCUAAGAUGGUGAGAAUGGCAUAUAUUGCUAUUAUUGGUUCCCACAAGGUCAACGGAGUCGCAGAACUGCAUUCAGACUUGCUGCGAACCACCCUGUUCAAAGACUUUGUGACGAUCUAUGGUCCCGACAAAUUCACCAAUGUUACUAAUGGUGUCACUCCGCGCCGUUGGCUUCACCAGGCAAAUCCUCGUCUCUCCGACUUGAUAGCUUCUAGAUCAGGAGGCUACCAAUUUUUGACCGAUCUGACCCUUUUGGACCAACUAGAGGCAUUUGCUGAUGACAAGGCCUUCCAGAAAGAGUGGGCAGAAAUCAAGACUGCCAACAAACUUCGCCUGGCAAAGCACAUCAAAGAAACCACGGGAUACAGCGUGAACCCGAACGCUUUGUUUGACAUCCAGGUGAAGCGUAUCCAUGAAUAUAAGCGACAGCAGCUCAACAUCUUCGGGGUCAUCCACCGGUACCUCAAAAUCAAAGCGAUGUCCGCUGAGGAGAAGAAGAAGGUCUUGCCCCGUGUCUCGAUCUUUGGCGGCAAGGCGGCCCCAGGCUACUGGAUGGCUAAGACGAUUAUCCACUUGAUCAACAAGGUUGCCGCUGUUGUCAACGAGGACCCUGAGGUUGGCGAUCUUCUGAAGGUCAUCUUCAUAGCAGACUACAAUGUCAGCAAGGCCGAGAUUAUCUGUCCUGCUUCGGAUAUCAGUGAGCACAUCUCGACGGCGGGGACCGAAGGAAGCGGGACCAGUAACAUGAAGUUCGUGAUGAACGGAGGUCUAAUCAUCGGUACCUGCGAUGGAGCUAACAUUGAAAUUACUCGAGAAAUUGGCGAGCAGAACAUCUUCUUGUUCGGCAACUUGGCUGAAGACGUCGAGGAGCUCCGUCACCGUCACCUCUAUGGCAAUUUCCAGCUCGACCCACACCUGGCCAAGGUAUUUGAGGCUAUUCGUGGCGGUAUGUUCGGGAACGUGGAUAGUUUUUCGGCUCUGCUGGCCUCAAUUGUCGAGCACGGAGAUUACUACUUGGUCUCAGACGACUUCAACUCGUACAUCACCACCCAAGACCUGGUCGACGAAUCGUUCCGCAACCGGGAAGAAUGGAUCUCGAAGUCCAUCAUCAGCGUGGCCCGCAUGGGCUUUUUCUCGACUGACCGUGUGAUCAGCGAAUAUGCAGAGAGCAUCUGGAACAUUGAGCCGCUUGUGGUGAAGGAUUAG